UUUACAUUCAGCACCAUAUAGUCACGCCCAAGAAGCAUUUGAAGCUGCUAAAUCUGCUAACGAUCUCAACGCCAUCGCAGGCAUCUUAGCUCAUUAUCCUUAUCACAUCGAAUCUCUGCUCACAUUUGCUGAGGUCUUCAAAUUUUCAGGUGAGCACCAGUCAUCAGCUGAUGUACUCGCCAAGUGUUUAUUCGCACUGGAAUGUGCAUGGCAUCCACUAUUUAGUCCAAUGCAGACCAACUCCCAACUAAAAUACAUUCAUGAUACGAAUAAGCCGUUCUUCUCCGCUCUUUUCUCUCACAUGAAAAAUCUAGACAGACGAGGUUGUCAUCGAUCCGCGCUCGAAGUCUGCAAGUUUCUGUUGUCUCUCGAUUAUGAUGACCCAAAGGGUGCUCUACUUUGCAUCGAUUAUUUCUCUUUAAGAGCGCAAGAGUAUCGUUGGUUGGAAGAAUUUGUUGACGAGUAUAGAAGCGAUAACUCGUUAUGGUUGUUCCCUAAUUUCUCGUAUUCUCUUGCGUUUGCUCGCUUUUUUAUGGAGCGUGAGUCAUCAUCAUCCGGUGAGUCUGCUGGGCAGACGGAGAAGGCUUCGUCGACUGAACUUAUGAAGCAAGCAUUGAUGCUUCACCCUUUGGUUCUGCAGAAGUUGGUUGCGAAGGCCCCUUUAAAAGAUUCAAUAUGGACCCAAAUAUUAAAGAAUUCAUUUUUUGGAUCUGCGAAAGCUGGAAGCCCCACAUUGGAGCACCUAAUCAGCAUAUAUGCGGAGCGAAGUUAUCUUAUAUGGAGGUUACCAGAACUGCAAAAUUUGUUGAAAGAAGCAGCUCUGCAAGUAAUUGAAUCUUUUAAAGAGAGUAGCAGUGAAGCCAAGGAUUGGGCUUGUGUCCGGAAGGAGGCUUUCUCUUCGGAGAAAAAUGAAUAUUCUCAUCUUCUGGUCUCGGACUUCUCUGAUACAAUUCCAACGAUUCCGCCCGAGGAGUUGCGCCAGUUUAUGGUUGGACCGCAUUUAGAAGAGAUCCAUCCUGGCGGCGAAGGGGACGCAAAUCCACAGGUAGCUCAUGCUACCCAUGAAGUUGCUGGCCGCAAUGCAGCAGUUGUUUUCUUGGAGUCUUUGUUGCCAUGGGUUCAUUAUGGAGAGAGACGGGCUCAUGGGGAAGAAGAAGAUCAAAAUAGACAAUGAACAACAUUUAAUGCUACCUGGUAUGGUAAGCCACAACUCUUUUUUCAGUUCUGCUUUAAUUUUGUUUUCAUGCCAAUAUGCAAUUUUUAUCUGAAACAUUUUCAAGUUCAUAAGAUGCAAUAAUUAAAAAAUUCGAAUGUGGAUGAUCUUGUACUAAAGAGAAACAUGAGGUUUUUGGGUCCAAAGUUAUGUUUUGUUUAUGGCAAUGAAAUGGUAAAAUAAAUCCUUUCAAAGCGAAGUUGAGGGAUUGAAGUACCUUUUUUUUAAUAUUAAAAAUGUAAGAUAGCUGAAAUGUUCAGAUAUAUUCGAAAAAGAGUAAUUGAUUCAGCUUUAAAUGUCCAAAUGGAUGUAGCUAUGAGAUUUGAUUAUUUCUACUUUGCAUAAACUUGAGCUGUAAUCAAAAUUUCAUUUAAUGAAGAA